ACCAUCAAAUAGUUUCUUUAUCAAAGAAAAUUUUUAUUUACUUUCAUGCAUUCGUCAAUUUAUAAAGUUUUUUUCUAUUAUAUUACUUUUUCUUUUUUUUAGAAGUUAUUUCUUUUAAAUGCCUUUAGUAUGGAGAAUGUCAAACUUGAGAGCGCCUAGAAAAUUAAUUUGGUAGGCAGUAGAAUAAUGUGAAAAAGAAAAAGUAAUAUUAAGACCAUAAUAAAGUGGCUACAAAACAAAAUUCAAAGUUACAAUAUGAAUGCAACAACGUUAUCAUGGUCUCCAUUACAUUUUAAAAUGAGGAUAUGCCAAAAAUUUAUUGUAAAUUGUUAGGCGGGGCAUCUAGAUUCCCUCAACUAUCUUGGAUAAGAUUCUAUUUUCAUUUUCUAGAUUGAUAGCUACCAACUCAAGCUCCAUUCACUGGUUUUCCAAGAUGUUGGCAACCAAAUUCAAGCUCCAUUCACAUUUAAUCAAUCAUAUCUACCAUGAUACAUUCUCAUUUUGCAACUACGAAAGAGGAAGAAAUCAAUUGUUGUAUGCAUCAUACAACCACAAGAAAAUAGAGGGAAGAGGAAAGGAGAGGCGAGAGGGGAGAGGAGGCGAACCCUUAAACCAUAGCAGGGAGAGACUCUACAAAAAAUUAAAGAAGUGACUAUCGUCACUCAUUAACAAAAAUAAAAUGACAUUUUUUCAAUAUUUAUAUCAACUGUAAUCUUCUCUCUUUUGAACCUUCGAGGAAUAUUUAACAUCUGUGUAACAUGUACACAGGUGGAACUCCACGAAUUACAUAAACUUGUGCCUAGUAUUAUUGGUCUUUGUUGUGUCUGUUCUCUCCUCUUUAAUUGAUUUUGCUCAAAAUUUUAUCACUCACCUUUUGUAAAUGUAGUGCACACAUGGCAAGAUGUGAUGAAGAUUACAUAUGAAUUGAAAUAAUAGAGUAAAUUUUAUCAAUCACCUUACAGGAACUAAUACUGAAAAUAAAUCAUAAUGGCACUGAUGGACCGGUUCACCCUGAACCGGUCCAUCCAAAUAGACCCUCACGGGUCUACAGGAGGCGGGUUCCGCCUCCUCCGCCAGCUCCUUCAACCGAUAGCCAAGGGGGGGCCUUGGGCCCACCUAUUUUGAUCUAAGGGCCACAAUGGAUGGGGCGCAAGCUUCAUGGGGAGAUGUAGGGUGGAUUUGCAAAGGGUAAUGUAGGGAUGUGAGGGUUUUGGGAAAGUAUUAAGAGGAGUCUUUAGGGUUCAUUGAGGGGUAUGCUGAAAAUAGUUUUUUGCUUCUUCUUGUUUACUAGUUCCUAGGGUUUGUAGUGGGAGACCUUGUCCUUCUCGAAGUGGACAAACUUAUCUUGUUAUUUGCUUUGAUUUUAAUGCAAAAGGCUUUGUUCUUUUUUCCAUUACUUUUGAGAUUGUGUUUGUCUUGAUUUGGUGGAGAAGUUCUUAUCAUUGAAGACGAAUAUCUAUUGAGAAACCCUAGGGCGUAUCAAUUUGGUAUCAGAGCUUUUGAUCCUAGACGGCAUGGCAUCAAAGAAGGUAGAAGUCUUGGAGGGGGAGAUGAGCCAAUUGAAAGAGGAGGUAGGCGAGAAACUUUCGUCGUUGGAGGAAAAAUUUUCAAACCUAGAAGAAAGAUUUGGGGGUAUGGAAGAGAUGAUCCGGAAAUUGGUAGAAGCCCAAGUUGUGCAAUCAAAUCCGAAGGAAAAAGGGAAAUCGCCGGUGCCGAACUCUAACCCUAACCCUAAUUUUCAAAUUAGGGAAGAAGGAGGAAUCCAAGGUGAGGGAGGCGUGCAGGGCCAAUGGUCGAAGGAAGGGGGAGAAGGGUCUGGGGUGGGCGGUUUUUGGGGGAUGGCCGGUGGUCAAGGGGGCCGACCAUACAUGGGCUCGGCAGGGCCCCAUGGCAUACGAGAGGGGUGGCCAACUCAGAUGGGGGGUUUUCCGGAAGGGAAUCGUGCCCCGUGGGAGCAAGGGGGACCCACGACGCACACUGGAGGAGGCUAUGGAGGUAGAAGGGAAGACUACGGUAUGGGAUACGGGGAGCUAAGAGAACCACCAUGGGGAGGAACUCAUAAUACCUACCAUGGAGAGAGGAGGGGAAGACCAACAGGAGAGGGAUUCACUCAGGGGACAUGGGGAGAUGGAAGAACCUUCAACCGAGCCGAUAACCGCACGAGGAAAUUGAAGAUUCCUAUCUUUGAAGGAGAAGAUGCUUAUGGGUGGAUCUACAGGGUGGAGCGCUAUUUCGCAGUGAAUGGCGUCACAGAAGAGGAGAAAUUGAUGGCGGUUCCAGUUUGUUUGGAAGGGAAAGCAUUGGCCUGGUUCCAAUGGCUUGAAGGAAGACAACAUGUGAGGAGCUGGGAGGAGUUCAAAGACCUCCUACUUCAUAGGUUCCGGAUGUCUAGCGAGGGCACACACUAUGAGCAGUUCGUGGCUCUAGUACAGGAGGGCACAGUGGCAGAGUAUAGGAAGCACUUUGAGCUGCUUUCCAGCCGAUUGAGAGGAAUUACUGAUGACCUUCUGGAGGGGAAUUUCAUGAAGGGAUUGAAGCCCCACAUCAGGGCAGCCAUCAGAGUAGUUGAUCCCCAUGGUUUAGUGAAAAUCAUGGAGACUGCACAGUUGGUAGAGGACAAGCUAAAGGUGGAGCCACUGAGGAGAUCAGGGGUGUCUUACCCCACUUACCGAGCACCAUUCAUGAGUGGAGGCCCAAAGGCGACUAUCAUCCUUCCUCAUAAGGAGGUAGCCAAGGAGAGGACCACUACAGCAGUAAAUCUAGGGGGGUUCAAAAGAUUGACUGAUUCAGAGUUGAAGGAAAAAAGGGCCAAGGGCCUUUGCUACCGCUGUGAUGAGAAGUUUACACUUGGGCAUAGGUGUAAGGAGCGGACGCUACAUGUAAUCAUCGUAGGAGAUUCUGAGGAGGAAGAGAACGAAGGAGCGGCUAAGGAGGAUGGAGAGGAGGGAGAGCACCCUCAUUUGGCUAUGGUGGAGAUUUCCCUCAACUCUAUAGCAGGACUGACAUCGCAUUCCACCAUGAAACUGGAAGGGGAGAUAGCAGGGUACAAGGUGAUGGUUCUAAUUGAUAGUGGGGCCACCCACAACUUCAUCGCUUGCAGAUUCGUGGAGAAGGUGGGUCUACCGGUGACCCAAGGGAGAGGCGUAGGAGUCAUUUUGGGCACGGGGAAGAAGGAGCGCUGCAAAGGGCAUUGUAAGGGAGUGACCCUCACAUUGCAAGGAGAGAAGACAGAGCAAGAUUUCUUACUAUUGGACUUGGGGAGCACUGACGUGAUACUGGGGAUGCAGUGGCUCCAGUCCUUGGGCGAGAUGAAGGUGAAUUGGAAGAAGUUAUACAUGGAGUAUGGGCAGGGGGGCCGGAAAGUGACAUUACAGGGAGACCCCAGUUUAUGCAGAGCAAGAGUGGCCUUGAAGUCCAUUUUCAAAACUUUGAGAGAUGAAGGGGAGGGCUACUUGAUCGAGUUACAGCAAGUAGGCACGGAGGCCGAAAGAGAGCCAGAAGUCAUUCCUGAGGAGAUCCAGGAACUUUUACAGCAGCACUCCACAGUGUUUCAGAUGCCCCAGGGUUUACCACCCGUCAGAACCAGGGAACAUGCUAUUGUGUUGAAAACCGGGGUAGCACCCAUCAGCGUGCAGCCUUACAGAUAUCCUCAUGCUCAGAAGGAGGAGAUUGAGAGGCUGGUAACAGAGAUGUUGGAGGCACAGGUGAUCCAGCCCAGUGUGAGCCCAUUUUCUAGCCCUGUACUCUUAGUGAAGAAGAAAGACGGUAGUUGGCGAUUCUGUGUCGAUUAUCGGGCCCUCAAUAAGGAGACUGUGUUGGAUAAGUUCCCUAUCCCGGUGGUAGAUGAGCUUUUGGAUGAGCUUGGGGGAGCGACCAUCUUCUCCAAGGUGGACUUGAAGUCAGGUUAUCACCAGAUUCGGAUGAGGGCUGAAGACAUUCAGAAGACAGCCUUCCGGACACACGAAGGCCAUUAUGAGUUUUUAGUAAUGCCUUUCGGGCUCACUAACGCUCCCUCCACUUUCCAAGCCCUGAUGAAUCAGGUCUUCCAGCCAUACUUGAGGAGGUUUGUUUUGGUCUUUUUUGAUGACAUAUUGGUGUAUAACAAAUCUCUGCAGGACCAUCUCCACCAUCUUGGAGUGGUACUCUCGACAUUAUUGGAGCAUCAGCUAUAUGCCAACCAUAAGAAGUGUUCGUUCGCUCAGAAGGAGGUGGAGUAUCUGGGGCACAUCAUUUCAAAUGAUGGGGUGGCAGCUGACCCCACCAAGAUAGAGGCCAUGGUGAAUUGGCCUACACCAAAAUCCCUUAAAGGACUACGGGGAUUCUUGGGACUAACGGGAUACUACAGGAGAUUCAUCAAAGGCUAUGGUUCCAUAGCAAGUCCUUUGACCGAUCAGUUGAAGAAGGACAACUUUCAGUGGGGAGAGAAGGCAGAGGGAGCCAUGAAGAAUCUGAAGGAAGCCAUGACUAGUGCUCCAGUUUUGGCACUUCCUGAUUUCACCCAACAGUUUGUGGUUGAAACUGACGCUUCAAGAGUGGGUUUGGGAGCAGUACUCAUGCAGAAUCAUCGGCCGAUUGCCUUCUUCAGCCGGAUCUUAUCAGCUAGAGCGCGGCUGAAGUCAGUUUAUGAGCGGGAGCUGAUGGCCAUUGUGUUGGCUAUUCAAAAAUGGCGGCCUUAUCUGUUGGGGCAACGAUUCAUAGUUCGUACUGAUCAGCGGAGUCUCAAGUACUUUCUAGAGCAGCGAUUGGUGGCAGAAGAACACCAGAGGUGGCUAGCCAAACUCUUGGGGUAUGAGUUUGAGAUUCAGUAUAAACCAGGGGUUCAAAAUAAGGCGGCAGAUGCUCUUUCCCGUGUGAAUUGUUCACAACUUCUGGCCCUAUCUGUACCCCAAUGGGUAGACUGGGGAGAAUUGGUAAAGGAAAAUCAACAGGCGGAAGAGCUAGAGGGGAUUCGGGCGACUAUCCAGAAGGGAGAAGGAGGGGUCAAGGGAUAUCACCUGGAGAACUCCCUAUUACUAUACAAAUGGAGGUUGGUACUACACCGUGAAUCAGCAUUCAUCCCCAUUCUUCUACGGGAGUACCACGAUAGCAGUAUUGGUGGGCAUUCAGGGGUGGAAAAGACCUAUCGGCGGGUGAAGGCCGAAUUUUUUUGGAAAGGGCUAAGAAGGGAUGUCGAAGACAUGGUGAGUAAAUGCGAUAUUUGUCAGCGGAACAAAUAUCAAGCUUGUGCCCCUAGUGGUUUGUUGCAGCCAUUAGUGCUGCCAAAUAAGAUUUGGGAGGAAGUCACCAUAGAUUUCAUUGAGGGAUUACCCAAGUCUGAUGGGUAUACAGUCAUCAUGGUGGUAGUGGAUCGGUUAAGCAAGUAUAGCCAUUUCAUUCCACUACGACACCCAUUCUCUGCUCCUACUGUAGCCUCGACGUUCAUCAGAGAGGUGGUGCGACUGCAUGGGGUCCCCGCAUCUAUUGUCUCAGAUCGAGACAAAGUAUUCUUGUGCUCUUUUUGGAAGGAGAUCUUCAAGAUGCAAGGUACAGUCUUAAAGCGUAGUACAGCAUACCACCCGCAGACAGACGGACGGUCCGAGGUGGUGAACCGGAGCGUGGAGACUUACUUGAGAUGCUUUGUUGGGGAGAGACCGAAGCAGUGGGUCAAAUGGCUACCAUGGGCAAAAUAUUGGUACAACACUUGCUACCAUACCGCAUCUCAGUUCACACCUUUCAGGAUUCUUUAUGGAAGGGAUCCACCACCAUUGGUGAAUUAUCAGAAGGGAGCAACCACGGUAUAUCUGGUGGAUCAAUACUUGGAGGAGAGGGAUAAGGUGUUGGGAGAGUUGAGGGAACACCUAUUGAGAGCCCAGCUGUCACGACCCGACCCGACGGGGACGGAUCCCGCCCGAGCUGGAUCGCGACCAAACCCUUCUUAUCCAGGAUCUGGCUUUGGAAUUUGGUUACUGAACUGAUCUUCCAAAUACUUAAACUCAACAGACACACAAACACAGAACAACAGAGCUACUAUAAAUCAUCGAACACAGCGGAACAAAACAUCUAUCUUUUCAUUUCCUCAAAAUAAUCAUCUACAAAUACAGUACAUGGCUUUUAAACGGAAAGAAAGACAGAACAGAAAAGCCAUGACUGUACAAAAAUCAAAAGUAUACCUAUACGGAUCAGAACUCUGAACUCUAGUCCUGGACUUCCUUCCCUUUCCCAGAACCUGAAAACCACCAGAAAACAAGAGUGAGCUCAACAGCUCAGCAAAGCAACAAACCACCAAUCUAAACUCUCAG